GAUCGGAGAACCCUGAAUGGUCCGAGUGGGACCGAGAAUCUCGCGGAGCGUUGAGUUGAAAAAUCAGAAAAAUAGUUCGAAACUUCCCUCUCUGAUCUACCAGCAAACAAAGCAAAGCACGGAUCCAAAACCCAAUUCAAACUCAAAAACCCUAAUCAUAAAAUCUAAUUACUCCUCUCUCUUUCUUAACUUUCUUCCUCUUUCCCUUUUCUACCUGCAACCACAAUUAGACUAGAGUACACAAAAUGGUAGUUCCGGUGAUCAAAUUCCCAAUCUUCACAGUUGUCAGGUUGCUGGGGUUGGUAGUUACUGCUAUGGUGCUCACAUGGACGGUGCAUUACAGAGGAGGAUUGGCUCUCGUCUCCGAUAACAAAGAUCUCAUUUUCAAUGUCCACCCCGUCUUAAUGGUGAUAGGGCUCAUACUCAUGAAUGGUGAAGCCAUGCUAGCCUACAAGACAGUUCCAGGAACAAAAAGCUUCAAAAAAUUAGUUCAUCUUGUGCUACAGUUCCUUGCUCUUUUUUUAAGCUUGAUUGGUGUAUGGGCUGCUUUGAAGUUCCAUAAUGAUAAGGGCAUUGACAAUUUUUACAGCUUGCAUUCUUGGUUGGGUCUAGUUUGCCUGUUCCUCUUUGGCAUGCAGUGGGUUGCAGGAUUUGUGACAUUCUGGUACCCAGGUGGCUCAAGAAAUGGCAGAGCCAUCUUGCUGCCUUGGCAUGUAUUCUUUGGUGUAUAUAUUUAUGCCCUGGCUGUUGCUACUGCUACUACUGGAAUCUUAGAAAAAGCCACAUUCCUCCAAACCAACAAAGUGAUAUCUCGCUAUUCCACUGAAGCGUUGCUAGUAAAUUCCUUGGGCAUCUUGAUUGUUGUUUUAGGUGGUUUUGUUGUCCUCGCAACAAUUACACCUCUGCAUGCCAAAGGCGAUGUCAUCAGGAAUGCAACAGAAUAGGCAUAAUGCUUUUACUUCCAUUAAAUUGUCAUUGACAAACAGCUGUAUUGUGCAUUGGAUGUGAAUCAAGGGGCUUGUUCUUGUUACAAUAUGAAUACAUCACAUAGAACUAAUUGAAAAUUGUGUUUGAAUAAUGUUAGUGACAUGAUCAACUUCAGUUGGAUUGGAGUAGUUUGGCUGUUCUAAAAACUGAAACUUUUGCUUUAGUUUACUGGCAUAACAAAGAGCUAAAUGUCAGUUUCCUUUCUUUUUUCCCCUUG